UUCUGGGAGCCAGGGAGUAGAGAACGUUAGAGAAUAGAGGAAGACGCACACACUCUCUUCAGUUACAUUGGAAGUUUUCUUUAGUAAGAAAAAUGAACAAGUGGAUUGUAAUUUGCUUUUUUGCACUUCUGGCCUGUCAACUGGGUGGUGCUCUGCAAUGUUAUACUUGCGCAUUUGGCCUCUGCACUACGCCUUCAAAAUCAACCUGUGGCCUACUUCAAGUGUGUAAGACAGAGACAGCAAGAUCAGGUGCCCUCUAUUUAAAGAAGAAGUCCUGUUCAGAUCUCACACAGUGUGAUGGAGGGUCUGAAGAAACCUAUUUGAGUGCUAUUACAGUGAAAACCACGCCUGAGUGCUGCAUUACUGAUCUUUGCAAUUCAGCUGUUACAACCUCGGCCUCCUUCGCAACCGCCAUUGCUGUCCUCGUUUCCUUGUGGGCGACCAGGCUCUUCUAAGCUCCCUCCACGCCUUCUCAUCUCUUCUCACCUCAAAUAAAUCUGUUACCAAGCUCUUCUCUUUUUUUUCUUUUUUUAAACAGAUACAUACGUCGAAGGGAACCAUUUUGCAAGCCAAACUAAGCAUAACAUACCUAUUUUCAGCCAUACAGUAGGCCCAAAGCUGGGUUGCCCACUAGGGGUUGAUAUAUAUAUAUUUUUCUCCAACAGCCCCAUAAUUACUAUCUGUUUUGGCUCUGCAAGAAAUCUGGCAUUUUAAGAGGAAUUCAUAUUGUAAUCUUAAGAAUUGUCUUUACCGCCCGCCACCAACCACCCCAUAUUAAACUGAAAAA